CCUACACGAAUGUGUCGUAGUAUAUUUAGUUCAGGCCACGCUGGCAAGGGUUGAACGCCGCGGGGCAUGACGACCUGCCAAACGUGUUUUAAUUAGAGGUGAAUUCCGUUGUGCGCGGGACUACUUGAGAGAGCGGCGUUCCUUACGUAAACGCUGUCUAUCGGCAAGAUGAACGAUUUUAGUUAUGGAAAACGGAGAGCAAAUAACGAUCGAUAUAGUAACGAUCGAGAUAGACGAAUGGAAAUGGAGAAUCGGAGUAGGAAUCCAGAUUCUGACACAGGAUCUGGGACUCUUCAACGAUUGGAUAGCAUUCAGGAUCCGGGAAAAAGAUACGCACUGAAGGAUCGUAUCGGUGACGGCAUAUGCGGCGAUGUGUACGAAGGAAUUGAUCAACAAGCCGGAAAUAAAAAGGUCGCCAUUAAGAUUCAAAAGCUCAAGCCGGAAACGCAGUCUCUGAUUGUGGAGGAGUAUCGUAUUCUUCGUGAUUUCUCAGGUCAUCCAAAUCUUCCCGAUUUUUACGGAAUAUAUCGCAGACGAUCCGCGAAGAAAACCGAGUACGACGAGAUAUGGUUCAUCAUGGAGUUUUGCGAGGGAGGAACGGUUUCGGAUCUCGUUCGCGGAAUGACCAUAAGUGACAAAAGAAUGCGAGAGGAGCAUAUUGCCUUCAUCUUGAAGGAAGUGAUCAAGGCUUUAAUCCACUUGCACGAGCACAAUAUAAUCCACAGAGACAUCCGUGCCAAUAACAUCGUGCUAACGAAGGAAGGCGAAGUGAAAUUGAUCGAUUUUGGACUCUCGAGAACACUGAAGAACGAACUCGAGAAACGGCAUACUUGCAUAGGCUCGCCGUCCUGGAUGGCGCCGGAAAUCAUCAAAGGUGACAAUGGAGCUGAUAGCGGAUACGAUAACAAGGUCGAUGUAUGGGCGAUCGGCAUCACGGCGAUAGAGCUCGCCGAUGGCAAAGCACCUUUCGAGGACAUGCAUCCGACGCGCGCUCUCUUCCAGAUAGUCCGGAAUCCACCGCCAACCGUUUACCGACCCGCCAACUGGUCGGAGAAUCUCAACGACUUCAUCUCGGAAUGCCUCGAAAAGAAUCCCGAGAACAGACCAUACAUAGUGGAGAUCAUCGAACAUCCCUUCCUGUCACAGCUACCUGAAAACGAUUACACGCUGACGCAAGAAAUGAAAUCAUUGAUGAUGGAUGUCUCCGAGAAGGGCAAAGAACAAAGAAAAGCGGAAUCGUUAAUUCGUAACGGUUUUCUGAAGACUCAUAAGGAUGAACCAGCGGAACAGAUGCUCACGGAGGAUUUGGCUGCGCUGGAGAUCCUAAGUGAGGACGUGAUCCUGAAUGAACUUCGCGAAAGAUUAGAGCGGGGUGAAUAUCACACAUUUGUCGGCGACGUUCUACUGAUACUCAAUCCGAACGAGAAUCGCGAUAUUUAUGGUGCUUACCAUCAUAUGAAAUAUCAAUGCAAAUCACGAUCGGAUAACGCCCCUCAUAUCUAUUCCGUGGCGGACAGCGCAUUUCAAGACGUCGUGCAUAACGAAGAACCGCAACACAUUUUGCUGGCUGGUGAGAGCAACUCUGGAAAAACGACAAAUAUGCUGCAUUUAGUGAAACAUCUUAUGUUUCUCGGAAAAGGUCUGCAAGACACUGGAAUGAGAGUGCUGCGAGCUAUAAAAAUUAUUCAUGCUUUUACCAACGCGGCGACACCGCUUAAUGCUAAUUCCACUAGAUGCAUAUUGCAAAUACAGACGACUUUCGGCUCAACCGGCAAAGCAUCGGGCGCGAUAUUUUGGCUAUAUCAAUUGGAAAAGUGGCGUGUUUCCACUCGUGACAGAAAUCAAUCAAAUUUCCAUGUCUUUUAUUACUUAUACGACGGUCUCGAUGCAUCGAGAAAAUUAAAGGACUAUUGUCUACCAAGUGGAAGAAGAUUUCGAUAUCUUAGAAUAACCGAUAAAAGUGUUGAAAAGAAACGAGCGUUCAAAGUGAGAAACGAUCCAGAGCACAACGCGGUCAAGUUUGAAGAACUUAGAGAAAAUUUUAAGUUUAUGGAUAUAGAAGAGCACUGUGAGACCAUUUGGAAAGUCCUCGCAGCUAUUCUGAUACUCGGGGAGAUCCGAUUCAUCGAAGGCAAUAAUGGAGAGGCUGAAUUGGACAACAACGAAGCCGCUAACAGAGUAGCUGAACUCCUUGGCUUAGAUCCGAAAAAAUUUAUUUGGGCUCUCGUUAAUUAUUGCUUGAUUGUAAAGGGAUCGGCAGUGCGUAGAAAACACACUUGCGAAGAGGCAAAAGAAGCACGGGAUGUCUUGGCGAAUACUCUUUAUCAGCGUUUAGUAGAUUGGAUAAUCAAUGUCAUCAAUUAUAAGCUCUCAAUGACUCGUAGCCUCUAUGGCGACAAAUAUUCUAUCAGCAUCCUCGAUUACUUUGGAUUUGAAUGUUUCUCAAUAAAUCGACUGGAGCAACUACUAGUAAAUACAAUGAACGAGCAAAUGCAAUAUUAUUAUAAUCAAAGGAUAUUCGUCUGGGAAAUGCAAGAACAAGAUGAAGAAGAUAUACCCACACAAAGAUUACGCUUUUAUGAUAAUAAGGAAGCGGUCAAUCAGCUGAUGAACAAGGAGAAUGGUCUCCUACGUAUUAUCGAUGAUGCUUCGCGACAAUUGCAGGACGCUCAGUACAUUUUCGAGAGAAUCAAAGAGCAUAAACAUGGCAUUUAUGUGAAACCGAUGAGUUCGCACGAAUUCACGGUCGCACACUAUACCGGCAAAUUGAUAUAUGACGCUAGCGAAAUCGCAGCGAAAAAUCGAGACUUCGUGCCGCCGGAAAUGAUCGGCACGAUGAGAUAUUCCUCGAACGAUGAAGUUAAGCAAAUGUUUAUCAACAAGUUGACUAAAUCGGGCAAUUUGACGAUCGUUCAUGAACCUUGUCUCGCAACAAAGAAAACAUCGAAAAAUAAAUGGAGUGCUCUUAUGCAAGAAUCUUCCAAUUUUCGUAAAUACAAUACUGCGUCUAGAGGACAAUAUUCGCAGACUCGCAAAAUGCGGACAUGUAUAUCGACGUUCAGAGCCACGAGUCUCGAAAUUCUAAAAAAUCUUGCGGUAGGCGCGGGAAGUGGCACGCAUUUUGUUAGAUGCAUACGCUCCGACCUCGAGGAUGUUCCUCAAGGUUUUUAUCGGGAAGUUGUCAGACAGCAAAUCAGAGCAUUAGCAAUACUUGACACAGCGAAAGCUAGACAACGCGGUUAUCCAUAUAGAAUACCUUUCCAAGAAUUUCUUCGCAGAUAUAAAUUUCUGGCCUUUGAUUUUAAUGAAACAGUCGAGAUGACGAAGGAUAAUUGCAGAUUACUUCUGGUCAGAUUAAAGAUGGAAGGAUGGAUUAUCGGCAAGACCAAGGUCUUUUUGAAAUACUACAAUGAAGAAUAUCUAUCACGCUUAUACGAGACACAAGUAAGAAAGAUCGUAAAAGUACAAUGUAUGAUGCGUGCCUUUUUAGCGCGCAAGAACAUCGUUUCAAAAAUGAGCAUCAACAAGAAGAUUGAAAAGAAACCAUCAAUCAAGAAAAAAAAUUCGAUCUCGGAAGAUGAAGCGGCAGUGAUGAUACAGAAAGCAUACAGAGGACAUAUAGUGAGAAAGGAAAUGGGGCCCUUACUGAAGGGAAACAUGAGUCAAGAAACGAAGGAUUUUAUUAAAUUCUAUUGCAGCAGAUGGAGAUCGAAGUCCAUGUUUCAAGUCCUUUUAUGGUACCGUGCAGCCCGUUUCCAAGACCUCGUGCAAUUUUCUCAACAGGUUCACCUAUACAAUCAAUCAAUAGUGGCAGCUUUAAAUGAAACAAAUAAACCUGCAUCUCUUGAAAAAAUCGAUCCAAACGCCAAAAUAAAUGCCUACAGUGAAAUAAAACCACCUCAAGUUUACAAACUACCUUUCAAUAUGCAACAAGAACUAUCAUACUUCGAUACAAGCUAUAUGAACGAUCCUUCGAACAUAAAAAUUAAACGUGCAGGAUCAACAUCCACGAUAAGCGACGACGAACAAUCUUGGGAUGCACCAUUACGUAGGCAAACCGUUCCUUGGGCCAACAAUAACGUCAACGUUAGAGAUGUAGAGGUUCAAACGACAAACUCACCACAUCGCAUGCCCCUUCAUCGUUCGUCGCUCGGAGGAGAACAAAGUUUGAUCAACACUCCGUUCACUAGGGAUCCUAAUGUUCCGAUUCAAUGUCCACUGGAGGAUCCAACUCACCAUAAGAGUCGAGGCUUUCAAAUUGCAAAUGAGUGUGACACCAUACAAUCUUCCGAAUCUCACAUUCCUUACUCUAACAAUAUCGAUAAUACUGGAUCAGCACGUUGCAGACAAAAAGUACCACUAUUCAAUCAAGGACAACCUUCAACAAUGCGAAAUUUUAACCAUUAUGAGUCAGAUGUUCGAAACAGAAACAACAUUGAUGGAGAUUCAAGCUGGAAGUUUGAGAAUAGAUUUAAUCGCAAUAUCAAUAGUAAUAUUCGUGUAAAUCCCAUCAAGGAAUUAGAAAUGAUCGGACAAGUUAGAAAAAACAAUGAUGAAAACGAUGACACACCCCCGUUUAAUUUUCAGGCGAUGCUGCGGAAAACUCCUCAUCAGCGUGCUUCGAUGAAACGCAAUCCUGUAUAUGAAAGCAUCACAUCGCCAAGAAUGCCAGAAUUUUAUCGGCGCGGUAAUGAAAACUUAUGCAACUCGAAUGUCACCAACAAGAGUAAUCGAGAUUCACCAGAGUGGAGUCCAAACGAGAUGAUUCUCAUGUCAGAGAACUACGCCAAGCAGGACGCAUGGAAUGAGAAAUGCGCCAAUGACGGCGACAGUGUUAUUACGGAGAUCGCACCAGGCAUUGUCGUCAAAGGCCAUGUGGUUGAACUAUAAGUAUUGAAGAGAAGUCGCAUGAAUAUCAGUUAUGUUGUAUUUAAUCAAACUAUCUUCUUCUUUCUAUAUUUGUUCAUUGCUUUUUUCAUUGCUAGAGUUAAAAACUCUGAAUCAAUAUUCAAUCUCAUUAUGAAAAAACUUAAUAUUAAUAAAAUUAUACCUAGUGCAUUAUAAUAACAUUGUGCAAAUAAUAAACACAGAUAAAUACAGAUGAUGUGGAUGAAAAAAUAUAAAAAUAU